AUGAAAUAUUCCGACAGCUUUUAUAAAAUGAUAAUCUUUACAACAGAAAUUUUAGCUUCUGCGUUAUUAUUAUUUGGUGGAUAUGUAAUUUUAAAGAAAUACGACAACUUAAUUACUUUAGGCGUCGUCUGUUUUUAUAUUGGAAGUUUAACAAUCAUAUCGUUUUUGCUUCACGAUUAUAACAAGGAAUUUUCUUGUCUUAAUGCUCAGAAGACUAUUCUUGUAGUUGAUGUUAUAAUAAUUUUAAGUACUUCAUAUUUACUGCUUACAACUUUUGGAUAUAGUGUAGAAAUCAGUGAAAUUUUAAUUCGUGAUCUUAGGAACAUAAGGAUAAUAACAGGAAAAACACGAAUUUUAUUUUGGAUUUCGACGAGAGUUGAAAAACUUUUUGGAUGUUGUCGAAUUUUUGACAUGAUCGAUUAUGGAAUCUACAAUUAUCAACAAUCUUGCUGUGACUUCUUAACUGACAUCGAAUGCAGUAAUCCGCUACUUGUCUGCAAAAAUUUGCAAUUCAUCAUUCUUUUUAUAAACAUCCCGGUAAUUUUACUAUUCAGCAUAAAGAUUUUUGCAAAUCUAAGCAAAAUUAAGAUUAUCAAACGUCAAAAACUUCACUUGAUUGUACUUUAG